AUGAAUGAAACAAAAAAUCUUGAAUAUAUCGCCACUAUUUUGGGACCACAGAGAUCAUUGUCUCUUUCGUGGUUAAUACCGCUAACAGUUGUUUAUAUAAUAAUAUUAAUAUUCGGUGUAUUGGGGAAUGUGGUCACAAUACUAGUUAUACUACGAUUCCGAUACAUGCAAACAAUUACAAACUUAUAUUUGUGUAAUUUGGCCAUCACUGAUCUCAUUACAUUGAUAUGCGGUAUGCCAUUAGAAUUGUAUACACUAUGGCACCAGUAUCCGUUUUCAUUGGGAGUAACCAUAUGUCGACUUAAAUCACUAGUUCCUGAAAGUACAGCCAACGCAUCUGUUUUAACAUUAGUAACCUUUACUUUGGAGCGAUAUAUGGCUAUCUGUGGUUCGCCUAAAGUACCGAAUUCGCAGUCAUUGUUCAACACUAAGGAUGAAAUGUCUCGCAUUAAGAGAAUAGCCAUCAGAAACAUUGUCAUCAUUUGGAUCUUCUCGUUGAUCGGUGCCAUACCAUUGUCAUUGUUCACACAAAUCAAUUAUCUGUUUGUCGACUCUAAGCCCUUGUAUGAAAGCGCGUGGUGUGGACUGCCUUUUAAUCAGCCAAACCUUCACUGGGAGACUAUAAUGUUGUCGUCAACCAUAAUAUUUUUUCUCAUCCCAUUGACUAUUAUAUCGCUUCUCUAUUACCGAAUCGCCAGAAAACUGAAAAGAGCCACAAAACUGGAUCCACUGAAUCAUCCGGAUCUACAUUUGGCAGAUCACAGAACAUCCCGUAAGAUAAUGCAGUCGCGAAAGAUUGUCAUCAGAAUGUUGGUUUGCAUUGUCAUUGUAUUUUCAUUAUGUUGGUGUCCAUUUCACGCCCAGAGACUACUGUUCCUCUAUAUUAGCCUUUACUCGACCUGGACUAACACAUUACGCCAAGUCAACCAGGUCUUAUUUCUAUUAGCAGGUUGUCUCUAUUAUCUGAACAGUUCGUUGAAUCCAUUGAUAUAUUCAGUAUUAUCGACCAGAUUUAGGGCCGCAUUUAUCCUAUACGUCAACGGUUGCUGUGCUGUCAACACAAGUCAAACGCCGAGUGCCACAAAUAGUCGGGUCCGCAAUAAGGCCAGCGGUAGUAAAAGUAAUAGUAAUAAUAACAAUUCGGUGGUCGGCGGCGGAGGACAACCCAUGACUCAGACAGUAGCCAAACAUUGUGAUAACAAUGGUGUGUCAACAAAAGUACACUGGUCAAAAAAUCCAGCUUUCCUUGAUAAAUAA